AUGGGCUGGCCAUACAAGUUCAUCAAUCUGUCCGAUGCAGAGAAGCACGCCCGGCGGCAGGCCCUUGACAGAUAUGCCGGCUACGCACAGCUCGCCGCUUUCCUGCCCGUUGCAGUCGUUCUGAUCUACAGGCUCGCCAUAUGGACAUUGAAGGCCUUCAAGAGCAGACGGGGCUCCUAUGAUGUGAUUCCUGAUUCGCCAGUCCUCAAGGUCCAACGGCGCAGCAGCUACGGCUCGCUCGCGACUCGGGUUCGCAAAUCGCAAUGGUGGCUCGGCGAGGAUGUUUUCUUCCUCGGUCAGGCCUGGGGUCAGAGGGAUGAGUGGGUUUUUGGAACAGCUUGGGGCAGUCUGAUGCUGCUCUUGUGUGUCCUCCAAACUGGAGAUGACUACCUCCAUCUCACGAAGCGAUUCGGCAUGAUCGCCGCCUCGCAGUUCCCCAUCCAAUAUCUGCUCUCACUCAAGUCCAUCAACCCCUUUGCUUUCGUCUUCAGAUCCUCACAUGAGCAGCUGAACCGAUAUCAUCGAGUGUUAGGCCGUAUCAUCUAUGGUCUACUGGUCCUGCAUGCCACAUUUUACCUGAACUACUUUGUCCAGGUCGGCAUCCUAGCCCGACGGAUAGUUGCCCCCGUUGUUGCGGUCGGAGUCGCUGCCUUCCUCGGAAUGACACUCAUGAACACGACGGCGCUACGGGCCAUCCGCCAGUGGUCUUACCGCCUUUUCUUCAUUGUCCAUUUGAUUGUAGCGUUGUUGCUCCCGCCGCUCCUGAUCUUCCACGCAAAGCCUGCCAACUUCUUCAUGGCCGAGGCCUUCAUUGUCUUUAUCGCGGACCUCGUAUCCCGAAAGCUGGAUACUAUCAUGUCACACGCAAGUCUGGAGACCAUCCCCGGCACCAAUCUCAUCAAGAUCACCGCCUCGGUCCCGUAUACCAAGCUCAACAGGUUCCGGGAGCAUCCAGGUUCACACAUCUACCUAACCAUUCCCGCCGCAGCACGCCAAGACACCAAUCCGGCAUCUGCGUCCUACCUCCUUUUCGAGUUUCUAUACAACCCAUUCACUGUUGCCGCCGUGGAUGAGGAGACGGGCGACCUGACUUUGGUCGCACGACAGCGAAACGGACCGUUAACGCGUGCUCUAGCCAGAUUCGCCAACGCGACUCGAUCCGGCCCUGUUGUCACCGGCGAUGUCAGAGCCAACGAGGGAGGAAAGAUACCGCUCGGCAUCGAGGGUCCGUAUGGUGUGAGUACACGGUUCCCUAAUCUCACAGGAGGGGACUUUGACCGGGUCCUGCUGGUGUCCGGCGGCGUCGGCGCGACGUUCACCGUGCCCCUAUACCGGGCUCUCGUCCACGAUAGCCCGUCCGCAAAGGUGCAGCUGGUGUGGGCUGUGCGUGGUGCCGGAGAUGCCACAUGGGCUGUGACGGGGCAGAAUGCGAAGUCGAUCAUGGACGACGACAACGUGCAGAUCUUCCUGACGGGAGACAUGCUCGACCCGCCUGGCACCUCGAGGACAACAAGGUCGUCGGCAGCCUCGACGUCUGAUACUGCUGUCGACUCGGAGGUCGAGAUGAGCUCCAUGUACCGCGACCGUCGACGGAAUCGAUACACUGCCAGCCAUAAUCGCAAGCGACCAGAUUUAAGAAAAAUCGUAGACGAUGCGUUCAAGCACGGCAGCGAGGAGCGCGUGGCGGUGCUUUUCUGUGGUCCGGAGGAUAUGGCGCGGGAACUAAGAGAACACGACGCCUGCCGCAGGCUCAAGGCAGGAGCAACGUCGCAAAGAAAUACCCAUGAUCCGAAAGGAGGGCGCGCAGUAGCACAGGUCCCUGUAUACAAGAACCUGUGGCUGGGCGUUGAGAAGAAACUUCCGCCGUUUCUUUUUGCCCUUUUCCCUGUCUUCGCUGUGUUAUUCGGUGAUCUUGUGAGGGUAUCGCGAGUUUACAUCUAG